UACAAUCAGUUUGUUUGGGGCAAAUUAUGUGUAACCGAAAACUGUACCUAUAUAAUAAUAAUGUUGUUUUGGUUUGCUGGUUUGCAACAAGCCGGCUAAAAUUUCUGUGCUGAGAUUGUUUGGUUGAGUAUAUUAUUUUUCUUCUUUAAUGCAUCGCUGUUGAACGAUCAGUGCAAUAUGUCUGAUGCCCAGUUGAACGGUGUUAACGCGGAGCAGCCGCGGAAUCACGGGAAAUCCUCCCAUCCCCCGCAGGCCUCCAAGGAGCGCCACUCCACCAUCAAGGGAUUGUGGAAUAAAGUGGCCAAGCAGCGGCCCAGGGAGGGCGCGCGUGAUGCUCGUCAGCGGAGUAUCGUGCAUCUCACCGCGGAGAUGAACAUGGACGAGCAUCUUAUCCCUGUGGACGAUCUGUUCCGCAGGCUGGAAGUCGACCCUGAAAAGGGUCUCAGCAGCAUGGAGGCUGCCAGUCGUCUGACGAAGAACGGCCCGAAUGCCCUGUCGCCACCAAAGAAGGAUCCGGAAGUGCUCAAGUGGUUCAAGGCCACCUUUUCCGGAUUUGGCCCACUAAUGCUGGCCGCUGCGCUGGCCUCCCUCAUCGCCUACCUGAUGCAGUUUCGCGACGGUGUCCCGGCUAUGGAUAAUAUGUACGUCUUCAUCGUGCUGACCUUCAUCCUGCUCCUGACCGGGACGUUCUCCUACUGGCAGACGCACCGCUCGGAGAAGAUCAUGGAGAGCUUCACGAAGAUGACGCCGAAAGCGGCCAAGGUACUGCGCGACGGGAAAUGGCAGGACAUCGCCGCCGACCAGCUGGUCCUGGGGGACAUCGUCGAGGUCAUGAGCGGACACGCCACGCCGGCCGAUCUGCGGAUUAUCAAGUAUUCUGGAUUGAAGGUGGAUAAUUCCGCUCUAACCGGCGAGAAUGACCCCUUGUCACGGACAACGCAGUCCGAUGAAAAUCCACUGGAAUCGCACAAUCUCAUGUUCUACACUACACAUGCUGUGGAAGGUUCCGGCACGGCGAUUGUGAUUAAAACCGGCGACCAGACCUUUAUGGGACGCAUUGCCAAGUUAACCGCCAAUGUGGGACCGCAGCAGACGCCGAUCGCCGUGGAAAUUCAGCACUGUGUGAAUAUUAUCUGGUUUAUUGCGCUGACGAUGGGGGCCCUGUACGUGAUUGCGGCAUUUUCCAUGGGCGUCGACUGGCUGAUGGUCAUCACGCUGUCCAUCGGCCUGAUGGCUGGAAAUCUGCCCGGCGGCCUGUUGAUCAUGGUCACGGCUAUGCUGAGUUUGGCAGCCAAACAUUUAGCCAAAAAGAAUUGUUUGAUUAAGAAGCUAGAAGCCGUAGAAACCCUGGGCUCGUGCUCCAUCAUCUGCUCGGAUAAAACCGGGACGCUGACGCAGAAUCGCAUGACCAUCUCGCACGUGUGGGUGGACGAUGCCGUGUUCUUGAAUGAAACGGCCACCGAGCCCGAUACCGUUGACGGGUUUCGCAAGCAAAGCCCCAGCAUGCCCAUCCUCAUCCAGGCCGCCUCGCUCUGUCUCCGCGCCAAAUUCAAGGAGUACAAACCGGACGCGGCGAUCAACAGCCGGGAGGUGGAGGGUGACGCCUCCGAGACGGCCAUCCUCAAAUUCCUCUCCAUCAUCACCGGCGACCGCGUCCCGGAAGCGCGGAAGGACAGCCCCCCGCUGGCGGAGAUCCCCUUCAACUCCACCGUCAAGUACCAGGCUUCGGUGCACCGGCGGGAUGGGCUCCACCUCGUGGUGAUGAAGGGCGCGCCGGAGGUCGUUGUCGGGCGCUGCGAGACGAUUCUGGUCAACGGGAAGACGGAGAAGUUGGGGAAAAAGUGGGAGGAGAAAUUUCAGGAGAUGUACGAUGAGCUGGGCGAGUUGGGGGAGCGCGUCAUUGGGUUUUGUGACUGCGAGCUGGAUGAGACGGAGUUUCCGGAGGGGUACGAGUUUAAUGUGGAGGAAAAGAAUUUCCCGCUGGAUGGGAUGCGCUUCCUUGGGCUCAUGUCCAUGCUGGAUCCGCCACGCGCCGCAGUCCCGGACGCGGUGUCGAAGUGCCGCAGCGCCGGCGUCCGUGUCAUCAUGGUGACGGGCGACCACCCGGUGACGGCGGCGGCCAUCGCGCGCAGUGUCGGCAUCAUUUCGGCCGAAUCCUACACCGUGGAGGAGCUGGCGCGGCAGCGCGACGUGGACUACGAGGACAUCCUGCCCGGGGAGGCCACGGCGGCUGUCAUCCACGGCACCGACCUGAAGGAGCUGUCGCAGGCGGAACUGGUGCAGAUCCUGACCACCUACCCGGAGAUUGUCUUCGCCCGCACCUCCCCGCAGCAGAAACUGCAGAUCGUCGAGGCCUGCCAGAGCACCGGCGCUAUUGUCGCCGUGACGGGCGACGGGGUCAAUGAUGCGCCCGCCCUCAAGAAGGCCGACAUCGGCGUGUCGAUGGGGAUCACCGGGAACGACGUCAGUGUGGAGUCGGCGGAUCUCGUCCUGAUGGACGACAAUUUCGCCUCCAUCAUCAACGGCAUCGAGGAGGGCCGCAUGAUCUUCGACAACAUCAAGAAGACCUGCUGCUACGCCAUGACGACGGAUAUUCCCGAGGCGGCGCCGGUCAUCCUGUAUCUGGUGCUGAACUGCCCGCUGGGACUGUACACCAUCUCCAUGAUCCUCCUCAACUGCGCCACCGAUUUGUAUCCGGCCGUGUCGCUGGCGUACGAACCGGCGGAAAGCGACACCAUGAAGUUGCCGCCGCGGAAGCGCUCGGAACGGCUGAUCACCAGCAACCUGGUGCAGGCGGUGUACCUGCAGAUCGGCAUCAUCGAGAGCGUCGGGGCCUUCUUCGUGUACUUCGUCAUUUAUACGACGCAGGGUUUUUAUCCGCGCCGUCUCCUCGGCUUGCGCGAGGAGUGGGAAGACAGCACUAUUACUGAUCUCAAAGAUUCCUUUGGACAGGAAUGGAAUUUUGCUCAACGGAAACAGUUGGAACACGUGGUACAGUCGGCGUUCUUCAUUUCGGUGGUACUGCAGAAUAUUGUGCAUUUAUGCCUGCGACGCUGUCGUCGUGUGUCGGUCUUCCAGAAACCUCUCAGCAAUCACCACGUUCCCUGCGCAUGGCUGUUUGAACUGGCGCUGGCGUGUUUCUGCGUCUAUACGCCGUAUUUACAGGAUGCCCUGGGAUACGGAACAAUGUGGUUCCCCUGGGUGUUUGCUGUGUUGCCGUUCGCCAUGUACCUGUUCGUCUACGAUGAACUGCGCCGUCUGCUGAUCCGCCAUUUUCCCGGCUCGUGGGCCGACCGCAAUCUCUACGUUUAAAUCUAUUUAUUUUUUUAAAUUUGAAUUAUGCGUAUAAUAUCUAUACUACGAGAUCAGUCCUUCCAUGUUUUCAUUCGUGUUGACCGUCCGGUUUUUGUGGAAACUCGGCAAAUAUUUUUAUGAGUUUAGAUGAUUUUGAUCCGAAUUUUACAGUUUUUAUCAGCAUUAUGCAAUCAGCAAUCAUAAACAGGGGCGCAACGUCGCAGAAACCUGUACCAAAAUUAAUGAAAAAAUAUUUGUAGA